CCGUGGCAGUAGGACCGAGUUCCACCGACCCAGACCGAGACCCAGCAGACUAUCUGUCAGAAUGAUGGGCCGUGUGAUAAUAUUGAUCUCCCUGUGUGUUCUGAGCGUGGUGGAGGGACUAUACUUCCACAUUGGAGAGACGGAGAGAAAAUGUUUCAUUGAGGAGAUACCCGACGAAACAAUGGUGACAGCCAACUACAAGCUUCAGCUGUAUGACCCAAGGACAGGUGGAUAUAUGCCCUCCAAUGCUGGGUUAGGCAUGCAUGUGGAGGUGAAGGACCCAGAAGAUAACAUGCUGCUGUCCAGGGUGUACAGCAGUGAGGGCCGCUUCACUUUCACCUCCCACACACCUGGAGAACAUGUUAUCUGUCUGUUCUCCAACUCAACAAAGUGGUUUUCUGGAUCAAUGCUGCGUGUCCACUUCGACAUUCAAGUUGGGGAACAUGCAAUCGACUAUGCAACAAUGGCACAGAAGGAGAAGCUGACAGAACUACAACUAAGGGUGAGGCAGCUACUUGAUCAGGUGGACCAGAUCACCAAGGAGCAAAACUACCAGCGGUACCGGGAGGAGCGAUUCCGGCAGACAUCAGAGAACACCAGUCGGCGAGUGUUAUGGUGGGCAGUGGGGCAGGUGGGGGUGCUGCUGGUUAUGGGCUGGUGGCAGAUGAGGCACCUUAGGAAAUUCUUUGAGGCUAAGAAGCUGGUGUAAGGGGCUGACAGAGAGAGAGAGAGAGAGA